GAGGCAGGACAUCUUGUCAUCAUUUCCUAGCUCAAAGAACCUUCGUCCUAGUUAGGUGAAUACCGAGCGUUUGUUGUAAUCAUGCACCUCUUCAGUCUUUCAGUCGUUGCAAUCUUGCUAGCUGCCCCCCGUGCACUCGCUGACAGCAGCAGCGCCACGUUGACAUCCUCUCUACCUGUACCCGCCUACAACUGCACAGCAGGGAAUGCACCUCUUAUAGGGAGACAAAUUUGUUUGCCAGAGGUGGUACGAAGCCUGCAUGUGCGACUGCACUCAAGUCAAACCUGUGAACUGCAAGCGGUGGGGGAAGGGUCCUGACCCUAUUUCCAGUGGUAUUCCGGGAAGCGGGGCAGGCUGCAUGCCAGUUUGCAAAUAGUGGUGCCCCUGGUAGUUUGUACGUUA